AUGGUCUGCACAAACGCGCUCUCGUCCUUGCUCUCCAGGGCGUUGGUCCGCGCCACUGCGCACUCGGCCUCACCCCACACUACCCGCUCUCUCUCAACAAGAACCCUCAACACCCUCCGGACAAACAACUUUGCGCGCUCCACUCCUCUCGGUGCCUCAUGGACUAAGGCGACCCCUUCUACUUUCUCGACAACUCGAUCCGCUGCUCUCAUGGUCAAGGCUCGCUUUCAGUCCACAGUCGCAGCCACCUCGGGAUCCACAACCGCCACCACUACAGCUGCUACAAGAACUGCAGCUGCAAACGCAGUAGCGGCAGCUCCUGAGGUUGUUGUCAAGCCUAUUGUCGGUUACUGGAUGAUGACAAUCACUGCCAUGACCUUUGGAAUCGUUGUUGUCGGAGGAAUGACCCGUUUGACCGAGAGUGGUCUGUCGAUCGUUGAAUGGAACCUGAUCAAGGGCAUGAAGCCUCCCCGCUCCCAGGCCGAGUGGGAGGAAGAAUUUGAAAAGUACAAGCAGUUCCCGGAAUACAAGAUUUUGAACCAUGGCAUGACGCUUGAGGAAUUCAAGCGCAUUUUCUACUAUGAAUGGUCCCACCGCAUGCUUGGUCGUGCCAUUGGUGCUGCCUUUAUCUUGCCCGGUCUCUACUUUGCCUCUCGCGGAAUGCUCUCCAAGGCCAUUGCGCGUCGUUCUUGGAUCAUUGGUGGGUUAAUUGGUUUCCAGGGUGCUCUCGGAUGGUACAUGGUCAAGUCUGGAUUGGAUGAACAGCUCAUGAGCACCCCUGGAGCUACCCCUAGAGUCUCGCAGUACCGCUUGGCUGCCCAUUUGGGCAGUGCUUUCUUGAUCUACGCUGGCGCAUUCAUGACCGGAUUGAAGGUCCUCACCGACUACAAGAUCUCCAAGGGUGCCUAUGAGUCCUUGGCUUCUGUUACCAACAACCCCAUCUUGAAGCGCUUCAAGGGCGCUGCUCACGGAAUUGUUGCUCUUGUUUUCUUCACCGCCAUCUCGGGAGCCUUUGUUGCUGGAUUGGAUGCUGGAUUGAUCUACAACGAGUUCCCUCUCAUGGGUGGUCGCUUGAUGCCCCCAGUUGGCGAGCUCUUUGACAGCAAGUUCGUUCACGAUAGUGAUCAUCCCACUGUUGGUCUCUGGAGAAACAUGUUUGAUAACCAGGUCACCGUCCAGUUCAACCACCGUGUCCUUGCUACCUCUACCUUCACUGCCGUCUCUGCUUUGUUUUUGUACUCGCGCAACUUGCCCUUGCCUCCUCAGGCCCGCUUGGGUGUCAACCUGUUGAUGGGAGUUGCCUGUUGCCAGGUCGGUCUCGGAAUUGCUACUUUGCUCUACAUGGUCCCUGUCUCUCUUGGAACUGCUCACCAGGCCGGUUCCUUGACCCUGUUGACCUCUGCCAUGUACUUGAUGCACACUCUUAAGAAGGUUCCCGUUCUCAGGAAGAUCCCUUUGAAGUAG